AUGAUGGAUAUUGGUGAGAAGGAGCGCCCGCCUGGGGAUCCGCCGGAUUUGCAGACUUCUUGGGCAAGUAGGGUGAAAGGGAGCACGGCUGGGGGUUUACCAACGCCGGAGAGUGUUUUGGACGACGCGUUUGUCAAAGCUAGGGUUCGGGUUGACUUCCCAAACGGGAGAACGGGGGAGCCGGAGAUUACGAUCGGGGAGGAGGUGAUAUCAGUGAUGCAUGGGUUGUGGAAGAAUUGCAUGAUUGUAAAGGUGUUGGGCCGGCAGAUCCCGGUGGCGGUGUUGAAUCGAAAACUUAAGGAGCUAUGGAAGCCGUCGGGACGGAUGUAUGUGAUGGAUCUCCCUCGUCACUUUUUCAUGGUUCGUUUUGAGUUGGAAGAAGAAUAUCUAAACGCCCUCACCGGUGGUCCUUGGAGAGUUUUUGGUAACUACUUGAUGGUGCAGCAGUGGUCACCAAAUUUCGAUCCUUUGAAGGAUGACAUAGUUACCACUCCGGUUUGGGUUCGGCUGAUGAACAUUCCGGUUUGGUAUUAUCACAAAUCCAUUCUUAUGGCGAUCGCGGAAGGAGUGGGUACACCGUUGAGGGUGGAUUUGACGACGUUGAGUUUAGAGAGAGCAAGGUUCGCAAGAGUGUGUGUAGAGGUGAAUCUUUCGGAACCAUUGAAAGGGACGUUGUUGAUUAAUGGUGAAUGGUUUUUUGUGGCGUAUGAGGGGCUUACAAGGAUUUGUUCAUCGUGCGGAUUGUAUGGCCAUUUAGUUCAUGCAUGCCCUAAAGUUGCUUUGGAGAAGGUUGUAGUUGAACAGGCCAUAGCACCGGUGGUGGAUCGGGUGGAGACUAGAUUAGAGUGUCCGGCGCCGCCAGAGGAGGGAUUUACUUUAGUCCGGCGCGCGCGACGGGCUGCAAGUUCCCAAGCUAGCAGGAAAUCCGGUGAGACGGAGCGAAAUCUCCGAGAGAUCCCGGGACACAAGGGAUUAGGAAUUUCGAAUCGGUUUGGGGGAUUGACACAAAAUGAUGAAUCUCCGGGAUUACAUGAAGUUACCAUAUCUGGUGGGGAGAAUAAGGAAAAUGAAUUUCAUGCGCAUCAAUCAAAGGAGGUGUUGAGUGGAGCUCAAGGCAAGAUGGUGCGUUUUGGAUCGACCGCGGAUACGAAUAAGAUUACAUCCCAUAUAGGGCCCAAAAAAUCUAGUAGUGGGGGAAUAAGGCCUUUGGACAAUGUUGGGUCGAAGGGAAAAAUGCACCAUGCGCAUAAGCCCGUUAAGGGUUUAAUUUUUGGCCUGGCUAAGGGUGAGAGUGCUCUGUCCGCGAACGGGAAGAGGCUGCGUGUGGAAACAAAGACCAUGGGCAGACCGGGUGGUGUGUUUAUGAAGGAUGGAAUCGAGCAGUCACAAGAGAUUGAGCUAUGUGAAAAGUCUCGGUUAGCGGUUACAUCUAGCUCUGGUCCGUUGGGUUUGCAAAGUACGGAGGGGUUUGGUUUGGCUCCAUCGAGUGCGGAGGUUUUCACGGCGACGGAGAGAGCAUAA